AUGUCUAACCCACAAGAUCAUCCUGGAACCCAUCCACCACAGUCUCCUUCAAAUUCAUCCUCAUCUACUCCACCUAGUGAAUCUCCAAAACCUAGGUUGAAAGCUAGCCAAGUGAAAGAAAUCCCAGCUCAAAAUUCUGAUUCUAGCUCUGAGACUGAAUCUUUUCAAUCCGCGACUGAGGGAGAUGGACAUGGGUCUUCUGACUCUGAGAAGACUCAAGAAUUCCCUACUGAGGUAAGUUCAUCUAUUAUUGAAAACUUAGAAACUAGGUUUGUUCUGGUUGGACCCAGUAGGGAUGUUAAGCUGGCUGAGACGAGUAAGAGUGGAGAGGUUAGAAGUGGCAUGAAAUCAGGGGUAAGUGGGUUUGGGGAGGCUGCUGAGGGGUUGGUUCAUCUGAGCAAAAAGAUAGAUGAACCUGUUUCAUCUACUGAAGAGACCCUAGCUGAUCUACUGAGAAAGAUUGGGGCAAGUUAUGACCCAAAGAAAUGCAAAGCUACCACACCAAAAGCCUCAAAUGCUCUCAAGCCAUCCAAGAAAAGAAAAGCCUCAUCCCAAACUCCUACUGGCUUUUCAGUGCCUAGGGGUAUAGCUACAAGAAGCAAGGUAAAACAAAGUGAAGCUGAUCUACAAAAGGCUUUAAAAGAAAGCAAGAAAAAGAAAAUAGACAAAGGAAAGGGACAGAUUGCAGAAUCCUCAGUGGCUGUUGAGGAAAUGGAACAGGUCCAUCAGGAAAGGGGUACAUCAGUGAAGGUUCCUACACCCACGCCUAAGAAACCAAAGACUUCCUCCACGAAGUCUUCCUCUGUGCCUGUAGCUACUGAACCCUCACUAGCCAAGAGGACAAGAUCUGCAGUGGAAGCUAAACAAGCAAAAGUUUCAGAUGAUGAAAAGUGGAGUGGAGAAGAAGAAGAAGAAGAAGAAGAAGAAGAAGAGGAAUCCGAGAAGGAACAGGACAAGUUUGUCAUCUUUGGCAGGAGAAAAUUUUUGAAAGGAAGAUUGUUGAAGGACCUGGUAGAACUAGGGAUGAUGAGGUUGAUUGACUCUUUAACUGCUCAUUGUUGGAAGGAUAUG